GGAGGCGGAAGUGGUAUGGUGCUCUACACGUGUGUGCAUGUGCACUGGUGUUGGUGGAGGUCGGAAUGCAGACAGCAGUUAUGGGGAGAUGAAGAUGGAGACAGAGACGGAACCGGUUCGGCCCAGAGUGAUGGACAGCAGAGGGGUGCUGAAACAGAACCGACACUUCCUGGAUUACUUCUGGGACAUCGCCAAACCGGAGCGCGAGACCCGCCUGAGGGCCGUGGAGAAGCUCAUAGAGCACGUGAAGAAGAGCGAAACGACUGAUGAACUGAAAUACACUCUGAAGAGACUGGUAGAUGGACUGUGUCAUGCACGAGAGGAGGCUCGCUCUGGAUACAGCUUAGCACUAGCACAGGUGCUGAGUGUGUUUGAGGACAUCACCCUUAGAAGCAUGUUGGACCAGAUCAAAGAGAAACACAACCUGCAGACAGCCAGCAAGAAACAGAUAAAAUACGUGACCUUCGGCAAUUUCUUUGGUGUUCUCGCUCUGUCUCAGUCCACACGCCUGCACAAGGAAGCUGACGUCCUGUUGGAGUGUGUGAAGCUGCUGCAGUCUCUCUCUCAGUACAGAGAAUAUCUGAGAGAUUUACCCAGGAAGACCAUGGCAGAUAUCCUCAACCAGGUGUCGGAGCAGAUGUUUGAGCAGGUGUUGUUCAGCACUCUGCAGGAGGAUCUGAGUUCAGCUCUCAGUAGUCCAGAGCAGUUAGAGCUCCUCCUGCUGGUCAUGCGCAGGUUCUCGUCCACACUUAGCCCCGCCCACCUGGACAAGCUGCUGGGGACCUCCUCCAUCAUCAGCACAUAUACACUGCCCCGGUUAGUAGAGGUGAUGAAGACUGCAGGACGCUCGGUGAAGAAGGAACGCGUGCUGCCUGCUGUCGCCUCUGAUUUGCUGCACGUGUCCCUGCGUGAGGACAGCUUCACCUUCUUCUGGGACAAAGUGGUGAUUGAUGGACUGAUCUCAGACCCACCUGGACCCAGCCAUUACCUGGCGUUCAGGUUGAUGGGCGUGUCCUUGGCGUUGUUGUCGGUGUCUCAGCUGCAGUAUGUACUGAGUGGAGAGGUGAUGAGACGUUAUGGUGAACACGUCAUGACUGCACAGCUCCCUGAGCGCUAUAAGUUCUCCCCGGAGAUGGAUGAGUGUGUGAGUGCGUUCCUGCACAGCUGCACUGAUGUGGAGAAACAGCUGCUGGUCCUGCAGGCGUUCAGUCGGCUGGCGCACCGCGGUGCUCCUGUCGUGCCGUCUUUCUGGAAGGUUCUGGAGCAUGUGGAACCCGGCGCUCUGAAACCCUACACACGCUGGCUUAUAGAGCGCUUCUGUCAGCCCGAGAUCCCCGAGCUGCUCGAAUUCAGCACCCGCAAACAGCGACGCAACCAGGACUCCGCCCACGACUCCGCCCGCGACCCCACCCCUCGGACUGAGGAGUGUGUAUCACGUUUGAGGAAGUGGAUCAUCCCUCGUCUCGCCUGCAUCGUAGAGAACCAUCAGAUUAAAAAAGAUGAGGAGCUGGUUAUGGAGAUCGCCAGGUUUAUAUUCUUCCAUGGGUUCUUCAACACUGUGAAGUCCACAGCUGAAAUUCCAGAGACUCAACACAAACUCUCACCUCCUUUGGACCAGAACACACGCAACACCGCCAGCUCCACCUUCUUCAGUGUGUUACACUCUCUGAGUGUGUUGCCGCUGCUUGGUGAGUGUGUACAGAGUGAGGGUGAGGCGGCGAGCAGGAGAUGUGUGUUGGGUGUGAGAGCAGACGGCUCCAUGUGGGUGUACGGCAUCGUUCAGUUCGCCAACACGCUGCUCAAACACACCAAACACGUCCGGAGCGUGCACACACUCAACACAGAGCACACACACGCCUGGGACAGCAUGCUGCAGUCAGUCGAGUCUCUGAGUAAGAAGAUGAAGAAAUCUUCAGCUCCAGAACACUCUGCCUUCCAACACCUCUUCCUCAUCAUCGGCAUCCAGAUGUUCAAGGCUCCAGAUGACAGUGUGGAGCUGCUGAAUGAUCUGAGGAGCUGUAUGGAGCAGGCACAGGCCAAAAAACCCAAGAAGAAGAAGCAGAAGAAAGGUGACACAGACCGUGAGCAGGCCGAGGGGGCGGAGCCUCACUGGGUGGAGGUGGUGGUGGACAUCCUGCUCUCUCUCCUCGCUCAGCCCAGUCGUCUGAUCCGCAGUGUGUGUAAGACCGCCUUCAGCCAAGUGUGUCCUUAUCUCACACAAGCUGCACUCACCGCUAUACUGAAUGUUCUGGACCCGAGUAAGGACGAGGAGGAGAGCGGUGUGCUGGUGAUGGACGACAACGACAGAGAGAAGAAGAAGAACAGAACAAAAGAGGAUGAUGAAGAUGAAGAACAGGAAGCAGAGGAUGAAGAGGAAAACGACUCCACAGAUGAUGAUGAAGAUGAAGCAAUGGAAGAUGAAGAUGAGGAGGAGGAGGAGGAAGUGGACCAGAAUUUCCGUCUGGAGCUGAUGAAGGUGUUGCAGGGACAGAACGCUUUGGCCACCGAGGAGGACGGCAGCGAGGACGAGGAGCUGGAUGACGAGGCCAUGAUGAAGCUGGAUCAGAACUUAGCCACGCUGUUCGGAGAGCAGAAGAAGAAACUGCAGGCCAAAAAGGACGAGAAGGAGCGACUGCGCAAGGAGAAAACACUCGUCCGAGACUUCAAGAUUAAAGUGCUGGACCUGCUGGAUGUGUUCCUGUGUAAGCAGGGCAGCAGUGUGUUGGUGUUGGACUUGGUGGAGCCGCUGCUCAGCGUGAUUGAGAACUGCAUGAGUUCAGAGAGCAGCCAACAUGAGCAGGACUUCCUGCGCCGAGCCGCACACAUCUUCAGGAAUCAGCUGUGUCGUGGGAAACAUUACUGUAAAGAGGUGGAGGGUCGGGAGGCGGAGCUUCAUGACAUGCUGGAGCGCCUGAUUGGUCGAGCACAGAAGCUUUCAGACGCAUCAGUGGCUCUGUAUUACUUCAGUGCUGCACUCUACCUGCUGAAAGUAUUGAGAGGAGUGAUGAAGGAGACAGAAGCCACAGCAGAGAAGAGGAUGAUGGGUAAUGCAGAUGUGGAGAGAGUAACAUCGUGUUUUAAAGAUGCGCUCACGUCUUUUAUGACACGCCGUAAAAGUCCACUGACUGGAGACAUGUUUACUGAACUGUUCAACAGAUUCCCCGUGGUGUGUGUAAAUCUGUUAGACACAGUGGUGGAGAACAUCCAGGACGGAGUCAGAGAACACCAACAGGGUCAGGCGUGUGUGAUGGUACUCAGAGCUCUGCAGUGUAAGGAGGUGAAGCAGCUGCUGACUGAUACCCAGUGGACAGAAAUCUGUCAGAAAACCACAGAGCAGCUCACAGAGACUCUGCAGAAGGUGGAGUGUAAAAACAAAGCGGUUCAGGAGAAGAUGGUGAAAGCCCUGGAGCUCUCUCACUUCCUCAUCAAAACCAUCCACCAUCAGAAGUUGGAGGUGAAGCUGGAAGAUCUGCGGAACGUUCUGAGGACCAUGAACGCUGAUGGGAGUCUGCAGAAGUCAGGGAAGCUGGAGGACACCUACUGGAGCGUCAUGAAGCUGUUCGGCCUUCAGAAGCCAAAGGUGGAGAAGGUGAAGAAAGUGAAGGAAGAUGAACCGACCGAGCAGCAGGAGGGGGAGGAGGAGCCGAAGAAGAAGAAGAAAGGAUUCCUUCCUGAGAGCAAAAAACGCAAAAACCGCAAGAAGCCUGUGAUCCUGGAGGGUAAAGACACUGCAGACACGCCCACACCUGCAGGAGGAGCAGCAGAGGGGAAGAAGAAGAGAAAGAAUAAUAAAAAGAAGAGGAACGAGUCAGAAAGCCAGAAUCAGCCUCCUGCGAAAAAAUCCAAAGCUCAGCAGCCCCCCAGUACCGAGGAGAAGAAACAGAAGAAGAAGAAGAAGAAGAAGAAGAGUGGAGCGCAGAACAAUGCUGAGUGAACUGAUAGAACAGGAGGAUUAAAGGUGUAACUCCAGACUCACUUCCUCUCCGUGAUGAUGAUGAUGAUGAUGAUGAAGAGCUCCUGAGGGACAAUAUUCACAUGUUCAUGCUUAUUUUUGUAAAAGUAACAAUGUCAUUAAAGACUUUUUAAUGUGGA